GAAUUCGACGCGAUAAUCUUACCGGCGCAUACGGUUGGUGAAUCGCGAUUCGCAGAACCACGGGUUCUUCUGUAGCGUUUGCGUGGGGCCCGCAUUCACGGGCAACGCUUGUGCUAGACUCAUCCUUUGCGAAUCGACGACCAACGACACCAGCUGUCAGCUCUACGACUCAACGCUAUCUUCAUAUCGCUAUCCGGCAACCCAUAAUCGCAUCAUCCAUCCCCGACCAUAUUUCCCCCCCAAUUCUAGCUAUUCUCACGCAUCACUAUGGCGCUCUGCGGCCUCGGCGGCUCCAAGACCGUCCAACGCAAGCUCGUCCUCCUCGGCGACGGCGCAUGCGGCAAAACCUCCCUCCUCAAUGUCUUUACGCGCGGCUACUUCCCAACCGUGUAUGAGCCGACAGUGUUCGAGAACUACGUGCACGACAUCUUCAUCGACAACACGCACGUCGAACUGUCGCUGUGGGACACGGCAGGCCAGGAGGAGUUCGACCGGCUGCGUAGCCUGAGCUACGACGACACGCACUGCAUCAUGCUGUGCUUCUCGGUGGAUUCGCCGGAUUCGUUGGAGAAUGUGGAAUCGAAGUGGGUGGCGGAGAUCGCGGAGAAUUGUCCGGGGGUGAAGUUGGUGUUGGUCGCGCUGAAGUGCGACUUGCGUGAGGGGGAGGGCGAGGAGGAAGAGGAGAAUGAGCCGAAGAAACCGUUGAUUGAGUACCAGCAGGGUCUGGAGGUUGCGGAGAGGAUUCGUGCGCUGCGGUAUCUUGAAUGCUCGGCCAUGAAGAACCGUGGUGUGAACGAAGCCUUCACGGAGGCAGCGAGAGUUGCCAUGUCCGUCAAGCUGACAAAAACGAAGAGAAAGGGUUGCACCUUCCUCUAGGCUAGAUAACGCUGGUCGCUUCUUUGAAAUCACGCGGUACUUGGUGGCAACGAUCUUAUGCUUUGACGGGUCACGGCUGGGAGUUUUUAGGGUUAAAAUUGGAGGAUUCUCGUUCUCCUGGAUACCUGAUUGGCUUUGAGCGUGGUGGGAUUUGCUUGAUGUUUUUUCAUUUACAUUCAUGGGGGAGGGGACAACACUGUCGCCGAGAUAAGGCGCGCACCCUGCAUAUGGGCCCGCUUCCAUUGAUACUCAUUCAUUUAUCGCCUCAUUCGCCAAUUCUCAAUCUUGACCACUACUGUCCGCCUUGACUGAUGGGAGUCCCAUGGCGAGAGAUCAUGGUAAUAAUUUUCAAUGUGAAGAUGGUUUCAAGGGAUGAUACCUCUAAUGCAAA